CCUUCGCGAAGUCGGAUCCAUUCACGUGUGUCAUUUUUCAAGUCUUCUUCGUCCAAGCACGUCCACGCCCCUACCGCCAUGGCUCGCUCUCGUUCAUCUGCCUCCUCGCCUCGCCGAUCGGUCCCAGCUGCCAAACCAGCAGCAGCACCUGCAGUCCAACAAUCUGCCCCUGCGCCUGCUCAGGUUCAAUCAGGGGGUGGCCUGGGUUCAGGACUUCUUAGCACAGUCGCCGAGGGCAUGGCGUUCGGAACCGGCAGUGCGAUGGCCCAUCGUGCAGUUGGUGCUAUCGCCAACUCGAUUGGGGGUAGCAACGACAAAACGCCAGCCACAACCACUACGACGACUGCGACGGCACCAACAGCAGCCUCAUCAUUGUCUCCCCCUGAAUCCAAUUCGUGCUUUAACGACCACAAAGCGUUCUUGGAUUGCUUGCAAACUAACAAGAACGACGUCGCAAGCUGCCAGUUCUAUUUUGACCAAUUCAAUAUGUGCAAGUCUCAAACGACCUUUUGAGCCUUGCCCUAGAGACUGCCGGAGUCGGUAAACUUUCAUUCUUGCUACGCUGUAAUACAUGCGCCGCAUAAAUCAUUCGUAACUACAGUGUACUCUUCAAGAUUUUCUCGUAAUUUUGAUUGCUGGAGGCGCACUCGAUCGUCGUCUAACAUUGGCCGUCGCUAAUUUAAACUGCAAUGUAGUAUACCAAAAGUUAGUCAGCCAGAGAAACUUUAUACACUGAUCCAUGG